CUCAUGCGAAGAAAAUGUCGCCGCGCCGCAAACGCACGCGUUGGCAAUCCAGCUGACAACGGCAGCCGCAGUUUCAUCUACGCAUCGCUGAACACCGUCGUUUCCUGGUGGCCGAACGCGUUGGUGGACUCUUUGCCCAUCAUCUACUGCAACGACGGCUUCUGCGAGCUGGUGGGCUACACUCGGGCCGAGCUGAUGCAGCGCUCGUGCGUGUGCGAGUUCCUGCACGGACCGCUCACCGACCAGGACGCCGUAGCCGCCUUUCGGGACGCUCUCGACAACAUGAUCGAGCGGCAGACCGAGCUGCUCUACUACCGGAAAGACGGGUCCAAGUUCCUGUGCAGCCAGGUGGUGGCGCCCAUCAGGAACGAGGACGGUGACAUCUGCAUGUUCAUCGUCAACUUCGAGGACGUCACCGACGCGCCCUACAAGGCGGACGAGGAGGCCGCCGGGAGCGUAGGAGUGGCGGCAGUUGGAGGGGACCUGGCGCCACUGCCGCAGGCGCUGGUCAGGACCUGCGCCCGGGCAGCGGGUCGGAGCCGGUCCCUGCGACUGCGGAUGCCGGGCAGCCGGAGGACGUCGUUCGCGCUCUCCAAGUCCACGGCCACUGAAGGGGACGAUGCGGCGCCGGAGUCCAUGCGUGCCCUGGUCGUGUCCUCCUCGGACACGGCCGAGCAGCAGCCAACCACCACCGUGGUGACGCGGCCGACCAGAGCGGUCGCCGUGUUGGCGCCCUACGAACAGCGCGCCUUGGACAAGGGGGCUCCGCUGCACCGCACCGCCAACAGCGUGGGCAGCCGGGCGCUACCGAACGCGUCGUCCGAGUCGGACCUGGGCCGCUUCGCGACUCUGACGGGCCAGACGCGGGCCAAGUCCCCGUCCCUCAGUCAGGUGACGGUGGACCCCCGCAAGGACAACUCGCACUCGUCCACCGCCUCCAAACUGGUCCUUAAGGAGGUCCAGUCGCACAGCUUCAAGCAGCACGUCGGAGAGAAGGUGGCCCAGCGCAAGCAGUCUCGAGUCCCGCUGGAACGGGGUCGGCCUACCCAGGGCACCUUGCAAAUCCUCAAGGGAUUCGUUCUGUCGCUGGGCGCGGACGUUCUCCCCGAGUAUAAGCUGCAGAAGCCGAGGACGCACAAGUGGACCAUCCUUCACUACUCGCCGUUCAAGGCGGUCUGGGACUGGGUCAUCCUGCUGCUUGUCAUCUACACGGCCAUCUUCACGCCUUACGUGGCCGCCUUCCUAUUGGACCAGCAGAGACCCGACUCGCGCCGCAACCGAAAGUACGGCGACGACCCCAUCGUAGUCAUCGACCUCAUCGUGGACAUCUUCUUCAUGAUCGACAUCUUGAUCAACUUCCGGACCACCUACGUCAACUCGAACGACGAGGUGGUCUCACAUCCGGGCAAAAUUGCCGUCCACUAUCUGCGAGGCUGGUUCAUCAUUGACGUCGUUGCAGCCAUCCCCUUCGAUCUGCUCCUUUUCGGCUCCGAGACUGAUGAGACGACCACGCUGAUCGGUCUUCUCAAGACGGCGCGCCUUCUGCGGCUGGUUCGCGUGGCGCGCAAGAUCGACCGGUACUCGGAGUACGGGGCCGCCGUGCUGCUCCUGCUCAUGGCCACGUUCGCGCUGAUCGCCCACUGGCUGGCCUGCAUCUGGUAUGCCAUCGCCAAUGCCGAGCGGCCCUACCGACAGCCCAAGAUCGGCUGGCUCGACCAUCUGGCCAACGCCACGCACCAGUUCUACAUCAACGAGACGCAGGGUGGUCCCAGCAUCAAGUCCAAGUACGUCACUGCACUCUACUUCACCUUCUCGAGCCUCACUUCGGUGGGGUUCGGCAAUGUGUCGCCCAACACCAACAUGGAGAAGAUCUUCUCCAUCCUUGUCAUGCUCAUCGGAUCACUCAUGUACGCCAGCAUCUUCGGUAACGUAUCGGCCAUCAUCCAGCGUCUGUACUCGGGCACGGCCCGGUACCACACGCAGCUGCUCAGGGUCAAGGAGUUCAUUCGAUUCCACCAGAUCCCGAACCCCCUGAGGCAGCGCCUCGAGGAGUACUUUCAGCAUGCCUGGACGUACACCAACGGCAUCGACAUGAACAUGGUGCUCAAGGGAUUUCCGGAGUGCCUUCAGGCGGACAUCUGCCUCCACCUGAACCGGAACCUGCUCAACAACUGCCCGGCGUUCCGCGGGGCGAGCCCGGGCUGUCUGCGCGCCCUCUCUAUGCGCUUCAAGACCACGCACGCGCCACCGGGUGACACGCUCGUCCACCGCGGCGACGUCAUCACGGGCCUCUACUUCAUCUCGCGUGGAACCAUUGAGAUACUCAAGGACGACAUCGUCAUGGCCAUCCUCGGCAAAGACGACAUCUUCGGUGAGAACGGCUGCCUGUACGGCACGGUGGGCAAGUCAUCGUGCAACGUGCGUGCGCUCACCUACUGCGACCUGCACAAGAUCCUGCGCGAGGACCUCCUGGACGUGCUGGACAUGUACCCAGAGUUCUUCGACCAGUUCUCCACCAACCUCGAGAUCACCUUCAACCUCCGCGACGAGGAACAGGAGGGCGUCGACCCGGAUCUAUUCCGGGGCAAGUCGCUGCACAACAGGCCGGCCAGUUCGCCCGAGGAAGGCGAGUCCCGGAGCCAAGCGUACCAGUAUCCGCGGGCUCGGCGGAGACGGCGGCGGCGGGGACGCCGCGGCUCGUCGAGUUGCGACGACGGCUUCGGCGGCGGCGGCGUCGGGGGCUUCUCCGACGACGACGACGGCGAAGACGACGGCGGCAUCGGACCGGCGGGCAGCGGGCGCCGCACCGAGUCCGGCCGGGGGAUUCUCGAGUUCUCGCCCGAGAAGGCCGGACUCGACGUGACGCCCGCGAACUACGACUUCCAGGAGGCGCAUGGCGCCGCCGGAAGCCGCAGCCCCAGCGUCGAGCCCCGACGCCGCAACGGCACGCUCAACUCCAUCGCCGGGGCCAUCACUAGUGUGGCGAACCUGACCACCGCUGUGUUCGGAACCGGGCCCGGCGCGACGCAUAGCUCCGGCGCCAGUCCCUGCGUUGACGCGGGAUCCCGGAUUGGUUCAGGUGCUCACGGUCAGCGGUCGCUGAGUCCGGGACGUGCGUGCGACGAGCGCCAGAGGUCGUCGGCCGCGGGGCGCGGUGUGUCACCCAGGAUGAGCCGAUCGAGUCGCAGCAGCCCCGGCUGGUCGCCCAAGGACGAGGCGUCGGGCGCACCGCCGUCGGUAGCGUCGACCAGGGAGUCGUCGUUGCCGGCGGCGGCCGCGCCGAGGGCCUCAGCGCAGUCCAGCUCGAGUGUCACGCUGCCGGUGUCAUGCAGCCCAGCGGGCGGGGUCUCUCCUCCGCAGCCGCCUUUUCCGGCCGGGGACGAGGCCCGGCUGGGUGUGCUCGAGUCCAGGAUCGACCAGCUGGCCAGGCAAGUGGCGGCCAUGGAGAACCGACUGGCCCUGGACAUGCAGACCAUUCUGAGGCUGUUGAGCCCCGAGAACGCCGAGAGGCGCUCUUGCGAAGCACCAGGCAGCUCGGCAGCGCGGCCCGUCGACCUGCCGCUGAGGGCGGCCACAGCUCAGGGGGGCACCGCUCCGCUCUCGGUGCCCACGCAGUCCUCGGAAUCGAGCAGGCAAGUUUUACAUGAUCGCGGGCCACGAAGCACAAUUUUCGCGUUUCGGUAA